CGCUUCUUCGAAUCUAACAAAAUUCGCAAUAUCUCUUCCGAAAUUCUCGAUACGCGCCACAACCAGCCGCGCAACGGACUUGCAAAUCGUGGGCACUUUGAGCCAGGGACGCUCAAAGGUACGUUUUUCACUUUGCACAGCUGCGAGACUCCCCCAUACGUCCAAGAAAGCCAAGACGGGGUUUGUUCAUCAUGUCACAUCCACCACCUCCAGGCACGAAUCUCCCUGCGCGCCCUCCCGCCAGCACCUCGAGGCCGGGCUUCAGAUCGAGCUUCAACCCGUCGAACCAGCCUGCCGCCCCGUCGUCGCCGUCGCCGUACGCAAACCCAAGCUCCGCGCGAGGAGCCGCCCCGAGCUACCCUGCCGCCCCUUCAACCACCCACUAUGGCUCGUCGUACUCCGGCUAUCCUGCCUCGGGCACCGUGAACCGCUCUGCUUCGGCAUAUUCGUAUCCUCAGCAAGCCCAAGCAGGCACUCAGCAGCACCGCUACCCCCAGCAGCAGCAAGCGCAAAGCUACUCCCCUCAUGCCUAUUCGCAGCACCAGGGCCAGUCGUACCAAGCACAGCCGUACCAGUCCCAGCAGUACCAAGCAGCACCACGUAUCCAGAACCCCUUCCCCACGCCAGGUGCUGCUGCUGCUGCUGCAGCCGUUGGCCCCGACUAUGACCCGGACAUGGCCGCCCAGAUAGCCCAAUGGCAGAGCGCCUACGGCCCCCGCGAAACUGACAAGGACGGCAAGCCUGUCCCGGCGCCCGAGUAUGCGAAGCCAGAGGUCGUAGACCCGGCUGCGCAGACAGACAAAAAGAAGACAGUCGUCCGAGAGGGCGGCGGCAAGAAAUGGACCGACGACACGCUGCUGGAAUGGGACCCGUCUCACCUGCGCCUGUUUGUCGGAAACUUGGCGGGAGAAACCACGGACGAAUCUCUCCUCAAGGCGUUUGCCCGGUGGAAAUCGGUGCAAAAGGCCAGAGUCAUCCGCGAUAAGCGCACCACAAAGUCCAAGGGAUACGGCUUCGUCAGCUUCAGCGACGCCGACGACUUCUUCCAGGCGGCCAAGGAGAUGCACGGCAAGUACAUCCAGAGCCACCCCGUUGUCGUCAAAAAGGCCAAUACGGAGAUUAAGGCGACCAACGUCAAGAAUAAAUCGCACGGCAACAAGAAGAAGGGCGGUAGUGGCAGUGGGAACCAGAGUGGUGGUCGAGGAAACGAUUCAGGGGCUGGAGGUUAUGAGCCGAAUCUUGGUCCUAGAUCGGGCGGUGGCGUUACCAAGGCUGGCCAGAAGACGAAGAAUGGCUUGCGCCUUUUGGGUUAAAGAAGGGGAAGGAUUCAUUUCUUUAGUUUUACGUAUAAGACAGUAUUUUUAUUGCUGUCAGGAAUUUUUGUUUGCAUCUGCGCAUUGGCGUUGGGGAAAGGGGGGAACAUAUCAGGACAUACCCGUUCAUGGAAAAUAAAAAAUAGGAUUCUUUGAUGCAUACAUAGUGGGCGAGUAAUAGGAGAGUUAUAAAUGCAACACAACGACCAUUUAAUACGG